AUGUUACCUCCUCCACGACCUUCUUUAAACACCCCACUCCGUCCUCCACCAUCCGCGGCCUCUACCCUCCGUGGGCCCCUACCACGAGGCCUCACAUCUAGCACACUCGCGCCAAUCCAAGUCCAAGGCAAACCACAGCCAUCUCGCCAAGUGGCACUUGAACCAGGCCGCUCACCUCUCGACUGGGCAGCAUUAACUUCCCAGCCCAACCAUAAGUUGCGAGGGGAAAAUCUUCCACCGACACUCAUUCGUGUAACGCCGUCGAUAUUGAAGGCGCAUAAUGGAAGGAAAGGGCGAGACGCAUGGACAUCCUACAUGGGUAAAGUUUACAACAUAACUCCCUACCUCCCGUUCCAUCCGGGCGGGAAGGGAGAGAUACUUCGCGGGGCAGGGAGGGAUUCCGAGAAGCUUUUUACGGAGAUUCAUCCGUGGGUUAAUUGGGAUGGGAUGUUGGCGGAAUGUAUGGUUGGAAUACUGGUGAGCGAAGGCUAUGAAGUAGGCGGUGGAGGCGGAAGUUUGGAGGCAAUGGAUUGA